AAUCUGAUUUGCGUAAACGAGUUCUCUUUCCCCUUCUUGUUCCUUCGUCCCCAGUCGCCCUCUAGGUUGUAGCCUAAUUGGAACGUGGAAGAUUUCGAGAGGUUUUAGCCGGCCGGCGACCGGGUUCGGAUCGCCAUGAGCGAGGUAUUCGAGGGCUACGAGCGCCAGUACUGCGAGAUCUCGGCCUCCCUCUCCCGCAAAUGCACCGCCGCCUCCUCCCUCUUAGGAGAGAAGCUGAAGCAGAAGGCGUCGGAGAUCAAAUCCGGCAUCGAUGGCGCUGAGGCACUGAUAAGGAAGAUGGACCUUGAAGCAAGAAACCUCCAACCGAGCGUGAGGGCCGGGCUCCUGGCGAAACUGAGGGAGUACAAGUCAGACCUUAACAACCUGAAGGGAACGUUAAAGAGAAUCACUACUGGCAAUGCUCAACAAGGGACAAGAGAGGAAUUGCUAGAGUCAGGAAUGGCAGAUACUUUGGUGGUAUCUGCUGAUCAAAGGUCAAGAUUGCUCAGGACAACAGAAAAGCAAAACCAGACAACUGAUCGGAUCAGAGAUAGCCACAGUACCAUGUUGGAGACCGAAGAUCUUGGAGUCUCCAUCUUGCAUGACCUACAUCAGCAGCGCCAAUCUCUCUUACGUGCUAAUGAUACGUUGCACAGCGUGGACGACAACAUUAGCAAGAGCAGAAGGAUCAUGGGGGCCAUGGUAAGGAGGAUGGAUAGGAACAAGUGGAUCAUCGGUUUGAUCGUAACCCUCCUUGUCUUGGCGAUCCUAGUCAUCCUGUAUUUUAAGUUUGUGCACUGAAGGAUUUCCACAGCAUCCGACAUCAGCUUUCUACACCAAUCAGAACUGACGAAGGCAGUUUAUAGUGUGUUUCAUGCCAUUUGUUUGUUGGUUUCAAGGAACAGUUUCUUGUGCUUGUUUUUGUUAUGAUGAAUGUCUUGAUUAUGAAAAAUAUGUUGAGACCGUUUGACAGCUUUGUAGAUAAAACAGAUUGUGUAUGACAGACAGAAUAAUUGAGCAUUUUGGAUUUUGAAUCGGAAGUUUUGUAAUUAAGUUGAA